AAGUGAGGUAGGAGGUAACUCUGCUCGAACGUAGCGGUAUCAACAAAAGGCUUUGAUCACUGUGCGCGAGGGAUGGGAUUUGAUUACUAGCAAUAUGACGUGAAUUUUGUGACAGUUUCUAACUGGGAAUAUGCAUAAUUCCAUUGGAUUACUAACUUUGGUGCUAUGUUGGUGCUACGUGCAUCAAGGAUACGCCGCUACAUAUGCGCGGGAUAUCCCAGGAUUGCUCAGCGAGUAUGAAUUCAAUCGCAUCAUGGUGAACAGUGUCCCCAAACCGUACUUGUACGUCUACCCGAAACAGUUGCGUGACAAACGAGUGGUGGGAAUAUCAACGAAGGAGCACAAAGUGCGGCACCAUGGAACUCAUGAGCACUUCAAACACGUCACCCUUUUGCUUACCUUGGAUAAUAAAAGAUACAAGAUCAAGUUGGAGAGAAACGAUGCAUUAUUUUCAUCGGGGAUUAUGGUGAAACACUAUGCAGAGACUAACCAGCAGGUCAUCACACAGAACAUCGAGCACUGUUUCUACCAUGGGUAUGUCAAGAGGGAUGAGUGGUCCAGUGUAGCGGUCAGCACGUGCAGUGGGAUCAGGGGUGUCAUUCAAAUGCACAAUGAGACGUUUGUGAUUCAGCCGCUCCUUGGGGGAGAUGAAGGUAUGGAGCACCCUCAUAUUGUUUUCAAGGCAUCUGUGUCUCACAAGGAAAAUUGUGGUAAUAGCCUGGGCCAGUGGCUGCCGUUCCAUGAACUCCACAAGGGGGAGUUUGUGCGGAAACUCAAGUAUUUACGAGCAGUCAGGUACCGGAGAGAGGCUGCUCCCCAACCCCCAAAGUCACUGAAGCUGGCCAUGGUUCUGGAUAAAGCUGUGUACCUUGGUCUAAAUUUCUCACAAACUGAAAUGACAACGUAUGCUGUAGAAAUCGCCAACAUUGCUGAUCUGUACUAUCGCCAGCUGAAUAUGAACCUGUCCUUGACCUACCUGGAGUACUGGAACCUGGCCGACCAGUUCAUCGUCAGCCCCAAGCUGCGUGAGAUGCUCAUCAAGUUCAUGAACUUCAAGAAGGUGGCGCUACAAGGAGCCAACUUCGACAUCGCCUACUUCAUGACUGGUAUAGAGCUGGAAGGAAACGCAGUUGGCAUCGCUCUCCCAGACUCAGUGUGUACUGACAGGGCAGUUGGCAUCAGCAAAAAUCCUAAACCAUUUGAGCCCCAGCAGGCAGCCACCAUCUUGGCACACAUGAUCGGACACAACCUGGGCAUUGAGCAUGAUGAAGAUGCCAAGUGGAGAGAAAUAUACCACGAAGGUGGCUGCGAGUGCAAUGAUGAGUUCGGAUGCAUCAUGUCUACCCAAGUUCUCGCUGCUGGCGGACAUCACUCCCGAAUGUUUUCCAACUGUAGCAAGUCUGACCUUGACAUUAGCCUCAGUAUGGAGAUAACUUCCUGUUUAGAUGGGAAACCACCGGUGAACUUCCCUCAGACUUGUGGCAACAGUAUUGUGGAGAGGGGGGAGGAGUGUGACUGUGGGUCGGAGGAGGAUUGUCUGAAGAAGGACCCUUGCUGCGACCCAGACACGUGUCUGCUGCGCUACUGGGCCCAGUGUCGGUCCGGUCCCUGCUGUAGUAACUGCACAGUGUUACCCAGGACACACAUGUGUCGUGACAGGCAGACGGAAUGUGAUGUGCCAGAGUUCUGUGAUGGAGAAAGAGGAGAGUGCCCCUCCAACAACUACGUUCAAGAUGGCCACCCCUGCAUGAAUAGUACGGGCUACUGUGUGGCCGGCAUCUGCCCCUCCCUCCAGCAGCAGUGUCAGACCAUCUGGGGACCAGACGCCAAAGGAGGUGAUGACCAGUGUUUUGAGAGAUUCAACCCGACAGGAAACUUCAACGGCCAUUGUGGCAAGGAUGAUACCACUGGCAACUAUGCAAAGUGCUCAUCUGAGGACAUCCUCUGUGGUCUCCUUCACUGUGAUGGUGGCAACAAAGAACCGUUGUUUGGGUCAGACAAGGGAUUCUCCAAAACAACAGUCAACUCUAAAGGCAUUGAAUACGAGUGCAAGAUUGUCCAUGGGCCGACCAUGAUGGACAUGCCUCACAUGGGCCUCGUGCAGGACGGUACCAAGUGUGGGGAGGGCAAGGUGUGCCACAACGCACAGUGUCAGCGCAUCAAGCAUCUCCCUCCUCUCGGAUGCCCCGGAACAUCUCGUGCUGUCAUCUGCUCUGGACAUGGGGUCUGCACAAGGGAUGACACCUGUUUCUGUGACAAUGGAUGGGGUGGAUAUGACUGCUUGAUUAAACUUAAUAUGUCCAUGACAACCAUGAUGCCAGCGACAACAAGCAGUCUAAUAUCAUCAGCCACUACAAAAGGAAUCCAAGUUAUCCCCCUGAACCCGGCAGAGAACCGACUCGCCACCACUCCAGCAGACCCAUCUGCUGCUCCAGUACUCAAAGAGAUGGAUGGUUUGAGCACGAUGUGGCUGAUCAUCAUCCUGGCAUCUGUGGUGGGUGGUCUGGUCCUGGUCCUCAGUCUCACUCUCUUCUGCUACAGACGCCGCACACCAAGCAAGCUGCAGUCAGCAGUGACCAAGGGGUUGCUUGGUAGCAAAGAUGGUGGCAUGGAUAAGAAGAAGGCUGGGUUUGUGAACGCCAAAUAUAUCGGCUUGGGUGGUGUGCUUCCCUCGUACAGGCCUGACGCUCUGUUUGGGAAGAAGAAGAAGCGCAUGUCAAGUGAAGAUGAGAGUGACAUCGGAGAGUUGCCUCCCCCUCCCAUAAUUAUAUCCGACCCGAACAGUGCACGCCCUGAGAAGGGAAUCCUGAAGAACUCCAUGAUGAGACUGACUGGGGAAGAUAACCGUAGAAGCAGUGACUCAAAUGGAGAUCAAGAGAGUGUGGGGCCUUAUAUGUAUGAUGAAGAUGAUGAUUUAGAAGCCGAGGAAAUCCGUGAAAUUCUCGGAGAGGAUGAUUUCGAGCAGAGUCUUGAUGCUCUAGAUCAGUUGCCUGAAUCGUCAAGUUUUGACUUUGUGUUACCCCAGCCCCCACAUCCUAGCUUUGGGAUGCCCUGCCUUCACCCCUCACCCCCACCCCCAAGAAGACUCGGGCGGUUAGAUCUGCCACUGUCAACAGACUAUCAGCACCAGCCUCUGUUGUGGAAGGGAACUGGUUACCCCAUCUCUCCCCCUCGAUCGAAAAUUGUGAGAUUGAGAAAUCUUGAUGAGCUAAUUCGCCAGAUUGAUAAAAACACCAUAGACUUGUCACCAUCUCCGGAUGAGCCCCCUGUUCAAAUAUCCCCAUCAACGUGUACGUCGGAGGAUGUGCGCAGUAGCGAGACUGAGCCGGAGAGACAUUAUCACAGUGCACACUCUCAGUCUGACCACAGUCCCACCUCCUUCACCAGUUCAAGCACACGGGACACAGCACGGCCAAUUCUUGGCAACCUUAGCCAGUAUCUGCUGAAGCGUAAUGACUUUAAUACUGUUGACCAUCAGAAUUGUGACGACAAUGAACUUCAGCCUCACCAGAUUGACAUCCCCCCACCAAUGAACCCGCUCAAUCUGAGAAAUAUUUUCAACAUUGGUCAGCCCCCAUUAAACAGAGACAAUGACACUCCUUUAGGAAGUCAAACUGGUGAGAACAGUUCUUUAAAUGGCACUUCAAAUUCUCGAAACGGAUAUGAGAAGAGCUCAGGAUAUGGCAGUGAGCAUGAUGCUGAGAGAUUCAGCAUUGAGGAUAUAUCUCGGUCACAGUCAAGAUCUCAGUCAGCCUCCCCACCUUCUUAUAGUGCUGUUAUAAGAACUGGUCCAAACCAGAUAAAGCUGGUUCCUGCUGGACACCGUGUGGUCGACGGCAACCAUCAAGACCUUCACAAAAUACUUGAUGGACUACCGCGAAUCGAUGCAGGCACAUUUGAACGAAGUCCCAUUCAAACAAGCAGCGCUAACACACCCUCCACUGGGCCAAUUCCUGCUUCAAAAGUUCUUCGAGAACAAAUGGAUUUGGCAAGUACGCCCUCAACAGGUCCCAUCCCCGUGUCGAGAACUCUGCGUGAUUACGCUCUUGAGAGUGGCAACAAGCCGUGCAUAGAUAGAAGUCUGGAAGAAAUACCUCAGGACUUCUCAGUGGACAUGAAGAACACCAAGAAACAUCACAGAAAGUCGCUGAUCAAGUCCAAACGUCCAGUGAGUCUGAGCGUCAGCAAGCACAGCUCCGACUCAAGCAGUCAGGAAACGGUUAACGAGGGUGUCAGGGUGGCAUAAUAUUGCAAUGCCAACAUUGUUGAAUUGCUUAGUACAAAUACUCACAGACUUAUGCCUUGUUGUGGAGAUGUGUGUUGAAAGUAGUCUUGCGGAUAAGAUUCUUCAAAUGGUUGUAAACCUGCCUUCGUUGUCAGAUAACAACAGGCUGUUCCUCAGUGUAGCUCCCAUCUUGAAGAGAUAUGCAGAGGACAGCAUAUGUAGGGUCAGUUAUUGGUCACUGUGAGAUCCAGUGUUAACGCUUAUAAUCCUUGCUGCUCUUGGCAUCAAAGGAUAUUCUGGUGACAUAAAGUCAACUGAGAUUGAGGGAUGUUUGUCAUGCAGAAUGUUUGUGAGGCAAGCUCCUCCUUACUUGUCACCAUCAUUUCUCUAUCGUUGCUGCCACCAGUUUUGAUGUGGCCAUUAUAAGAAAAUAUGUAAAAUUUUACCUCAAACUUAAAAUGUAGUGAUGUGUAUUUUUUUGGUGUGUGUCUGUGGAAUGGCCCCCAAUUUCCCCCUCUCAACUCCUGGCAUGGUUGCAAAGUGCAUAGCACAGUAGGAAGCUGUUGCUAAUAUAGAGCUCUGCGAAUGAGCUUUCUCUGUGAGGAGCUUGGUGAGUGAGGAAGGUAAUAGAGACCACUCUUAUCACACUACAUAUGUAUUGGAGAGAGCUAAUGAAGAGUGGGGUGCUUAGGGUCUCUAAUAUGGUGUAAGUGGGAAUAUGUUUAGUUAAAUAUUGUUAUGUCCAAAAUAAUGCUCACAUCAUUGAACUUUAUGCUGUCAACUGCUUUAUUAUGAAUUCAAGAUUUGAAUAUCUCUGAAUUUAUUGACCAAGCAUAUGCCAAAAGACCAAGAUUCAAUUCAGGUGAUUUAUGCAUUUGGCAUUUUCUCCUUCGAGGUUCAUGAGACAAAUUGUUAUUCUCAAAGGCAGAUAUUGCUGACAAUUGUGAAUCUUUGUUUUUGGUUGUACAGGGUCUAAAUUCUUCGAAAUGAAUAUGUAUAUUGUAUAUUAAUUAUCAAAUGUAUUGAAUAUUUUCACAAAUGUAGAAAAUAUUUAGAGUGUGAAUUGUCCUAACCAAUUCUAAUCUGUGUACAAUGGUUUUAUCAUGUACACCAUGUUACAAACUUAAUAUUUUACAGGAACCUAAAAUGUCUCAUUUUAGAAAAUAUUUACUCAUUUGAUAUACAUAAUUAUUUUGUACUAAAAUUCAAUGCUAUUCAUUUAUUACACUGAAAUAGUCAUGUGUAGUACAUUGUACUAUAAAAAUGCCAUCAAUACCCUUAUUAACGAUGCAUGAACAAAUAAAAACUAUUGUUGUAAAAGAUUCUGUUCCUUCAUAAAAAAUGUAAACAAUUCCUUUUUGGGUCCAGAAAUACCACAGACACAAAUGUAUUUGGAAGACAUUUUGAAUUUGAACAACACCUUAAACACUUCAACAUGCACAUUUUAAUUAAAAAUAUAUACCUUGUUUGCAUCCCAACACCACUGGAAAUUAGUCACACAAAUCCAACAUUAAUAAUUCUUUUAUUCUAAUCGUGUUAUUAGAAUGUUCAUGGUAGAAGUCCUGUGAAACCAGUGUAGAUUGUUAUCGUCUGUUUACACCAUUAAACUUGGAAAUGAUUCAUAUCCUGUGAUUAUAGUGAUUGGGUGUCAACAUCAUAGUAGAAUAAUUUCUUUUACACUUUAUUUCAUAUUACACCAAAACAGCAUUAUUAAUUUUAGUAACCAUAUGAUUAUGACUAGAUAUUAUAUCUGCUGACACAGUGUGAAAUUAUUUCACAUAAUUAGCUGAUCAGACAUUAGUUUGUGACAGUAUUACUGAACUAUUAAGUUUAACUUGAUAAAUAUAAAUCUUGAUUUCUCACACUCUUUCAUUUCUUAUAUAUUUCAUGAAGCCUAAAGAGAUGGUACAUCAAUCAUCGUGUACAUCACUUGAAACCAAGUCUUCAUUUUUAUUGUGAAAUUCACUUUAUUCAGUAGUUCUUAACGUAAGUUGCAAGUUGAAAUGUUCGUAGUUUAAAGUACAUUUGUUUCAUAUUUUGAUUUCAUGUUGCAUACAUAUAGAAUAUCACUACACCAAGUGCUUGUGAAUUAACGUUGUUCUUGUGAAUGAUUGACAUGAAAUAGAGUAGUGUACAUUUCACUCCCUGUCAGUACUCAUCAUAAUGCCUUGCUGUAUAAACCAUUUCGUGUUGUGAGCCAAGUGUUGUGAAUUUCCUCUACCAGUUAAUUGAUAAUUGUACACCAUGUAUCUGGUACUUAUGUGUGGUGGACCUUUUUGGAUGUGCCACUUGAUUCAUGCUACUGCCACAUUGUAUGCGUUUGUAGUUGGGCUUAGGUUUAUGAACUAGUUUGCAAGUAUCGAAUCACGAUUUGCUUCAUAUUGAUAACAUUUGGCAUAAAAUCAAUACUUCUGUGUAUAUUGUUGAUGAAUUCACAAUCAGCAUGCUCAAUAACAAUUUUAAGAAGUACGUAUUAUUAACUGGCAACUUAUUUUGAAGAUUUCAAGUAGCUGAAAGAGAGGUCCAUGUCUUUUGUGACUUAGAACAUUGCACAGAUGUGUGAGAACAUGGUUGUGUGUUUCAAUCUAGUCAUGAUUAUUGUCAUUAUAUGCACAGGGAGAACAUAUGCAAUAUCACCUGAUGUCACAUUGUCCAAACAAAUGAAGUUCAGUUUGGUGAAGAAUCCGUAUAAAGUUUUUACAUUUCGAGUACAUGCAGUAGUAUAUUAAGAAAUAGGGUUGCAAUUAUACUGUGAAGCUGUGAUCAUUCAGAUUGACAAAACUAUGAAUCAGCAGAUCUCAGAAGUAAUGUCUUUUGAACAUGGUUAUGUCCAAGCCUACAAGGUGUCAUGUGAACCAUGAUUCACUUGUGUCCAAUUACCAGCUGUACACUGGGAUUUUAUAUUGUUUAAACUUUCCUUGUUUCACAUUGGAAAUUAUGUGUAAAUAUUGAGACCACAAAUGUAAGUCUUCAGUCUACUGAAUUUCAAAAGGACAAGACCAAAGAGAACUGGCUUCCACUCAUUUUCAUGCCAUCAUUGGUUUGCCUUACAUCAUCAACUUAACAACAGCCCACCUUCCAAUUGAACCAAUUUUCACUGCAAUUUUGUGUUGUAGAGGAAUUCUAUGUAUUUUCACCAUAUAUUCAUGACAGAAAAUCUAGAUAUUACCUGACAUCAGAUUGGACUGAAUAGGAUGCUGUUUACGUUAAAACAGAGACCAUAUACCGAUAUAUGGUCUCUGGUUAAAAUUAUUGCUGUCAAAUUAUGCAAACAAUAAUUAAAUUCAGUUAAUGAUUAAGUAGAUUUACCGGUAGUUAGUCUUAGAUUUUGAGUCUUAGUGACAUGUUUGUUAAUAUUUUGACUUAUUGUUGUACAGAGGGAGAUGCUUCCUCUGGUGAUUUGUGCAAUAUGUACAUGCUGAAGUGAAUUGCUUUUAUUAUUUCAUAUUGUUUUAUUGUACAUUUUCGCCUUUUAUACAUAAGUUAUGGGACACAGGUUGUCAUUGUGUUUAUAUCAGUUUCUGGCUUUAUUAACAUUGUAUACUUAAAUAGUAUUGUUUGUGAGAUUCACAAGCUUUGGCCAGCAAUCUUGCUUUGAAUGUACAGUGAAAUAGAUUGUAGAAACAGAUGUAUAUGUUGAUUGCAGUUUUAUUUAUGUUGGUUUGCUGUUGAUGCAAGUAUGUGAUUUAUCCAUAUAUUUGUCUGUGUUUAUUGCCACAGUCCCAUAUUUUAUAGCCACUGAAACAGAAAUGGCAAGAGAAUGAUUUGUUCAAAACAUUAUGUUGAAAGCAUCAAUUUCUUGAUUAUUUAUCUCACCUGAACAUUACAGGCAUCUGUGAAAGGUUGACUUGAUACUUUUACUGGUAUUAUCUCUUUGGAAGCCACAUUGCUCAUUAAAAUAUAGGUGAUUGAAUAUGUGGAGCUGAAAUAAUUCUAAAUAAUUGGAGGUGUUGCAAAUAUACUCGAACUGAGCUAUUUGAAUACUUUUUUUUCAAAAAUAUUUUGUUGAAAAAUCUACUCUAAAAGUUCACCGAAUCUGUCAGAGGCAUAUACGACUUAAUCACGUCAAGUGAGUGUAUUAGUUGUUUGCAUAGCUUUGUACAACCACAUCAUCAAAUCAGUGUAAAUAUUAGCAAAGUAAUUGCAUCAGCAUUAUCAUCCUUCAAGGUUAUUUGGAAUUGUGUUAUAAGGGAGGUAACUCUAAAUGGGCUUAUGUAUUGAGGGCUUCCCUGCAUUGUAUUUCACCUGAAUCUCGCUUUUGUAGUAACUGCCUUUUACACCGCAAUAUGAUCUGACAUUUUUUGUUGUCCCCACAAGGCUUCUUGAAUAAAAUCAAUUAGAAGCUUAUGCUGUUGUUGUCUUGUUCACAUAAUCUUGAGCAUCAUCGUUAAGUGUGUUGUGUACAUGGGACAAAUGAAGCUGAGAUGCUGACAGUGGGUCAGUUGGUUGACUGUUUGUCAUUGUGCCCCGUUGGCCUGGACAAGACUUGAUUACUUGCCUUGUUUGGAAUUUUGUGAAACAUAUGAACCAUGCAAUCAUUUCACAAAUCACACAAGAAUAAGUGUAAAUCAUUUAUUUCAAACUUUGUAUAAACAGUCAUUUUUAACAUGACACUAGAAGUAGGUUAUAUCAUACAAGUAUGUACAACAGUUGCUUAACAAACAAAUACUGUUUUUUAGGAAAGUCCAUGGGAAACAUUUGGUACUCUUAUAAGAAAACAAAUAAUUUAAAACAAUUUAAACUUUUAGUUCCUUAUCAUGUAAUACUCAUGAACUAAAAGCAUCCCCAAUCUAUAGUUUGAUUCCAUUCAAGAGAAGACACAAUAUUUGGCAGCUGGAAAAGAUCAACAUAAAUAUAUAGAACUCAGAAAUGAUUUGGAUAAGUGAAAUAUGACUUGACAUGUUCAAAUGCUCAAAUGAAACUAUAGUUACACUACAAAUGCAAAA